AAAUACUAUCACUCCAUCUCUAUUGGCUCUUAUUGCAAACUAGAUCUUCAACAUGUAUUCAAUGGAUCGCAAAGCUAUAACAAUGGAACUAUCAUUAUCAUUAUCAAACGUACUAUAACACAUUCCAAAAUAAAGAAAUAUGUUUUUCCAGUAUAUUGUCAGGGAAAAGGUUAUUUAUUGAACAUAUCUAUCAUUUAUGGUUAUCAGCAAAAGUGGAAAACGAUCAAGGAUAUUAUAUUUAAAGUGUCAUAAAUACAAAUUUAGUUACCUAUACGCUACUCUAUUCAUUUUAAAGGUAUUCUUUUUAUUCAAGAUUAGUCUGAAUCAUUAUCAUCAUCUGGGCCAUCAUCCUCGUGGAAUUGAUAACUGCAUCAUUAUGAUAUCAUGUCUCAUCACCAUUACUAUCAUCGUCAUGCAUCAGAUAUUAUUAGUGCAAGUAUCGACUGCAGUGACAUCCAUUAUGUGGUGAUCAUCAACAUUAUUUAUUAAACUGAUAGUCUCUCAUUCUCAUACUCUGAACUAAUCUAUCGUUUGGUUGCCAUUUGGUCUGUUAUUCAUGUUUACUCUUUAUGUAAAAAUACAGUAGAUAGAUAUACGGCAGGAUUAUGCAAUAGUAUCAACUGGAUAUAGAUAUAUAACUCUUGCAUAAUGGAAAUUAGUUCAUUCAAUAGUUAGUUUUUUAGCAAGUGCCUUUAUAUUAUCUUUUACUUUACAUUCUUUUUUAAAUAAAAUCAUAUUUUUAUCAUUUGUUGUUAUAU